GGGACGUUUUGGCCCGGAGUAUAUAAGCCAAAGACUGCCCACCGGUCAGCAUUCGAACCCCAGUGUUCGACGCAGAAACAUCAUGAAGUGCUUUGUCGUCCUCGCCGCCGUGCUGGCCGUGGUCGCCGCUGGCGACAAGACGGUGACCAAGCGCGGCCUGGUGUCCAGCCUGGGCUACGGCUCCUCGUACGGCUACUCCGGCCUCGGCUCCGGCCUCGGCUACUCUAGCCUGGGCUACUCUGGCCUCGGCUCCGGCCUGGGCUACUCCAGCUUGGGCUACUCCGGCCUGGGCUACUCCGGCCUGGGCUACUCCGGCCUCGGCCACAGCAAGGUGAUCGCCGAGAGCACCCACACCACCAUCGCCAGGAAGAUCGGCGUGCCCGUGGCCGCGCCGUACGCCGUGCCCGUCACCAGGAACAUCGCCGUGCCCGUGCCCCAGGCCGUGCCCGUGCCCGUGGACCGGCCCUACGCCGUGCCCGUGCCCGCCCCCUACGCCGUGCCCGUGGACAAGCCCUACGCCGUGCCCGUGGAGAGGGCCGUUCCCGUGCCCGUGCCCCAGGCCGUGCCCGUGCCCGUCCACGAGCCCGUGCCCUACCCCGUGCACGAGCCCGUGCCGUACCCCGUCAUCAACAAGGUGGCCGUGCCCGUGCCCGUGCCCCACGCGGUGCCCGUCAUCAAGAGCCACUCCUACGACUCCCUGGGCUACGCCGGCUCCCUGGGCUACUCCGGUUCCUACGGAUCCUCCCUGGGCUACAACGCCUGGUAAUUUCAAAGACUUUGUGUGGAUGUGAACGUGUGUUUUUCUGAGUGCCUGUGCGUGUGUAGUGGUACGUGAGUUCAUUGUAAUCAUACAAGUGUGUCAGAGAUCGCCACUAGAGGCGAAGACAAUGUCUAGUCUAGCAUCUUCAUCCUCAUUUAAGCGUGUGAAAUUACGAGUGCAACGUGUGCGUGUGCUAGUGUGUUCGUAUAAAAUAGUGUCUGUUAAGUUUUGCAUUUGAUAAAUGCCUUCAAAUAAAAACAAUACUUAAAAUCAAA